UUGCCACUUAGUCGGCUACACAACACAGCAACAUAUUUUGUUAAGGAGCUGAUAUUUUGUUAAAAAAGUGAUUUUUACGCAAUAGUUUUAUACAGCACAAUUCUGGAAUAUAUAGCGUAUUUCGUUGAUGAUAUGGAUUUAAAACGUUUGGCAUGCAAAACGGGCUUGGGCGAUGGCCCAGAUGCCAAGCGCACAUCAGCUGUAGAUACAGAUGAAGAUCUUCUGCAGUUGGAUCAGGAAUCAGGUUUAGAUAAGGAAACGAGCGAUCCACAAACAGAAUGCUUGCAACUAGAACCUACCAAGGAAACAGAUUGUGAUAGCUUAAAAGCUGAUCACGAGAAUCUGUCGCCCAGCAAUCAUGUGGCGCCAUACACUGGCAACGGAUGCGCCCCUUCAUUAGAGUCAUUUAUGUUCCAACAGACCCCGGCUGGCAGCCAACUCUGCUCCUGGAUGUCCAAUACUGAAUCCAAGACCUCGGCCAAUGAUGGGCAAACUUUAUUUGAGUCGGACAAGGACUCCAAAUCGAAUACCCAGACUGCCAAAUUAAAUCGCAAGGCACUCACCAAUUUACGUCGUCAGAAUGCAUUGCGUGCUCUUGAGUUGGAGCGCGAACUGGCCACAAAGACACCACAAGCCCCAACACUGCUUGUACGUUUUCCAGAUCCAAAAAUAAGCGUUGCUUCGGUCAGUGAAUUCUCGGAUAGCAUUCGUGAUGUGGUCUUUCCCACAAACGUCGCGCAGCGUUACUGUUUGGUCCACUUGAAGGCUGGCGCAAAUGUCGAACGUACCAUAGAGGAGCUAAAGCAGGUGCGCUUCGGUCAUGGUCGCUUGCACGCCGAGCUGAAGACAUUCACCGAUGAGGAGCAGGCUGAAUGCAUUGAUCCUUGCUCACUAUAUGUGAGCAAUAUACCAUUCAAUAUGAAUGCUGCCGACAUUAAGGUGUUUGUGAACUCCAUGCGCGUUGAUAUUGGCGUCAUGAAACGCCAGAAGCGCGCACGUUAUGCAUUUGUACGCUAUGCCAAUGCCGAGUUGGCCAUGGAUGCUUUCAGGGAUCUGGUGCGCCGCACUCUUAACAAUCGCGUCUUGACCGUGCGCUAUCGUCGCCUACGCAAACGCUUAACUCAUCCAACAGCUGCCUCGAUGUGCGCCAUCUCAAAUCUGACCAUUGAUACGAUUGCCACCGACGAUGAUGGCGUUGAAUGUCGCGUGAUUUCCCCACCACCGGUGGAGUCGAUUACCAUUCUGGACAGCGAUGACGAGGGUCACCAUUGCGAAUCGCACAGCGUUGUUAGCCUAAGCAGCAGCAUUCCACACAAGAAGCGCGAGAGCAAGAUGACCGCCCAGGAGAAGGAGAUACAACGUCUCAAAUUGCAGGUGGCCGAGCAUGGGGCCAUCAUAAGGAGCUUACAGAAGAGGGAGGGCAGUCUUUCCAAUAUCAUAGCCAAAAUUGAGCCACAAUCUGAUAUGACCACAGACAAAUAUUCUAUAAUGCAGCGUUCAAUGUCGCCGUGUUCUAGCUACGAUAUCAAAAUGGAAAAUGAUUAUUUAGGUAUUGCUCAGAGUACGACCGAGCCGGAGCAGGAUUUCUUGCUAGAUGCCAUACCGAGCUCGCCCUAUCGUGGCACAACCUGCCCAAUCGAUGGCAUGGAGGAUCCCAUCAAAUCAUCCGAUUGUUUUGGCUGGUUGAUUUCAGGUCUCGGACGCCGCAAGAGCACAAAAUCUAGUGCGCAGCAGCAGCAACAGCUAAACAACAGUAAUACUCAGAACAGCAACAACAACAGCAACAACAGCAAUGAGAACAAAAACAAGAAAACUCCAAAAGUUGCCAAUUUGGAGGUGCUUCAUGCGCAAGUCGAAGCCGAUUUGGAUACAUAGAUAGGAUAGGAUUUAUGUAAAAUCUACCAAAUUGUAGCACCUCAAAAUUAUUUGCGUAUAGGACUUUAUAAUUUUCUAUUUCAUCAUCAGCUUCAUACAUAUUCCUUAUAUGUAAAUAUGUCUGCUUUCUGUGUACCCCAGUAGUAUUAGUAUUAGUAGUCGUCGUCGUCCCAGUAGUUAGUGAAGAAUUAGGGGUUUGUAGUGUUUUAACAUUCAUAUUUAUUUGUAUUAUUUUUUUGUUUUUCGAUCACUUUUGCAAAACGUACAAUUCUAUGAAAUUGUAACACACAAUAUAAGUAAAUUUAAUAAUAAUAAUAUUUCGGUUUUAAAUGUUAAACCCGAACAAA